AUGAAAAAGAAGACACUGCUUCUAUGUUUUAUCCAUGGCUUCAAAGGUGACGAUGAUACCUUCGAUAGGUUCCCAUUUGAUCUUAAGGCUCUCGUUAGCCAUGCGCUCCCACAGCUGAAUAUCGAGUCACUAGAUUCCGCGAAUGGCAAGCUACAAACUCGCGUGAUAGAUCUUGAAGUUGCCGCUGGCACGCAGUCCCCGACGAUCGACCCAUCGGUUCGAACGGUCCUGGUCACACAUUCAAUGGGCGGUAUUGUCGCAGCCGACACUUUGCUCUCAAUUAUUGAUGACCAAGUGGUGAAAUCCGGUCACAACAACCCAGAGAAAUUUAUGUUCCCAUACAUUCAAGGGAUUCUUGCCUUUGAUACACCCUACCUUGGAUUAUCCCCCGCAAUUUUCGCCCAUGGAGCAGAUACAAAUCUAAAGACCGCAUCCUCUGCAAUAUCACAAGUUAGCGCACUGGCAUCUGGAUUAUUUGCGACGCGUGCGGCAACUGAAGGUUCAAAAGCCUUGAACCAACCUCCAUCCAAUGAGGAUAAAGGGAAGGAACCGGAAACCCCUGGAUUUUGGUCACAGUGGGGCAAAGCUGUCUCGUACGCCGGCGCAGCGAGUGUCUUGGCGGCAGGCGGUGCAGUAGCUUACUUCAAGCGAGAUGAACUGGGAGAAGGCUGGGGUUGGGUAUCCUCACAUCUGGAAUUUGUCGGUGUAUUGAUGAAGGGCGAAGAACUCAAGGAGAGAACAGAACGAGCGUCGAGCAUUGAGGGUAUUGGGUUCGCAAACCUUUAUACCGCACUCGGAGACCGUGGCAAAGCCAAAGGCGAGCGAACGUUUUGCAUAUUACCCCAGAAGGGUGGAAAAGGAUGGUUUAGGUGCACAAAUACCAUGGCUCAAGACGAGGUUAAUGCGCAUGUCAGUAUGUUUCAUCCCAAAACCAACCCUUGGUACUUUGAGAUGUCGCAAUUGGCCAAAGAACUUGUUGUUCGAUGGGCCACCAAUGAGUGGUCCUACUUUGCAUCUGGAGACAUGAGAAUGUCAAUGAAUGGGAGAAUACCGGGGCGAGACGAGUGAUUAUGCCGCGUGUGCCUUUUUUGAGUAUGGAAUACCGUGAAACAGUUGAUAGCCUUAUCUUUUUAUAGUAUUGCAGAUUUAGCUACACUUGACCUUUCGAUUUCCUUUUGAACGUCGGAGGAUUCCAUAUGAUAUGCUUGCCGCAUUGCAUUAUAUCGUACACUAUGCCCACUAUACCGUUAUAAACCUGCUGGUCAAACUCUGCCCGUACAGUGCAGUAGGAUAGUAACUUACGAGUACGGUUCCUCCCCUGUAUUCUCCACACCGGAUGGCUACCGGCACUGUACCGUACUGCUGCCCGGUGAAUUUUACCUAUCGGGUAU